AUGAAUCCGUCAUUUCCAAGCUGCCAUAGCCUGUUAAUUUCUCCACUGCAGGAAGCAGAUUCAGAGGUAUAUCGGAGCAGGAUUAAUAUCCAGUGUAACCAGCCUCCUCAGGUCUCGAUCGCCAUGCCGGCUUCCCCUUCCAAAGUUCACCCAGAGGCAAUGAGAACAAUCUUCUUCAUGGAUGAAUCGAGACUAAGUGCCGGCCAUGGGCAUGCUUCGAGGUUCUAUUCUCAGCUCGCGCCUGCGGGCAGCGCCAACAGCAGGACAGCAGCAACCAAGGAAGGCGCUGCCGAUUCCAUGUUCAUCGACCCGGAAUGCUCAAACAGUGAGAGGAUCAGAGACAAACGCUUCGAUUCCUUCAAGACCUGGUCUGGGAGACUGGAGAGGCAGAUAUCGAACUUCCGGGGGAGACCACCGGAGGUAGAAGACGAGCUCCACGACUCCCCGAACGGCGACCACGCGGCGGCGCUACCGGUGGAACGGUACUUCGACGCCUUGCAGGGGCCGGAGCUGGACACGCUGAAGGUACCCAGAAUGAAAAUCUCUGCGGGAGUAACCCCACAUUAAUCCGCAAGAUGACCUGAGCUCCUUUUUUAUUUAACAGUCUUAUCGUCCUCUUCGCAGCCAUCGGAGGAGUCGGUGCUCCCAGAAGACAAGCUGUGGCCUUUCCUCCUCCGAUUCCCCAUCUCCUCCUUCGGGAUCUGCCUCGGCGUGAGCAGCCAGGCCAUACUGUGGAAGACGCUGGCUACGUCCCCCUCCACCAAGUUCCUCCACGUUAGCCGCUACGCCAACUUCGCCCUCUGGUGCACAGCGCUGGCGCUGAUGGUCACCGUCUCCUCCGCCUACGCCCUCAAGGUCGUUUUCUACUUUGAGGCCGUCCGGAGGGAGUACUACCACCCUGUACGAGUCAACUUCUUCUUCGCCCCGUGGAUCGCCUGCCUCUUCCUGUCCAUCGGUGUCCCUCCUGCCGUCGCGGGGAAGCUCCACUAUGGGCUCUGGUACGUUCUCAUGGCGCCGAUUCUGUGCCUGGAGCUUAAGAUCUACGGCCAGUGGAUGUCCGGUGGGGAGCGGCGGCUCUCCAAAGUGGCCAACCCUUCGAACCAUCUCGCCAUUGUUGGCAACUUCGUGGGGGCCUUGCUGGGGGCCUCCAUGGGACUCAAGGAAGGCCCCAUCCUCUUCUUCGCCGUGGGGCUGGCUCACUACGUCGUUCUCUUCGUGACCCUCUACCAGCGGCUCCCCACAAACGUGACCCUCCCCAAGGAGCUGCACCCGGUCUUCUUCCUCUUCGUCGCGGCGCCCAGCGUCGCCAGCGUCGCCUGGGCGACGAUCCGCGGCGACUUCGACUACGUCUCAAGGAUCGCUUUCUUCACCGCCAUGUUCCUCUACGUCUCCCUCGUGAGUAUCUUCCGCCCACCUCUCCCUAUUCCUCCUAUUCGAGAAACCCGCCCAUUAAUUAUUGGUAUGCAUUUCUCCUUGUGCGCAGGCUGUUCGGAUUAACUUCUUCAGAGGAUUCAGGCAAGUUCCCUAGGGUUUUCCGACGAUGUCGACUGAACCUGAUCUUGAUCCGACCUUGACCUGAUCUGGGUCUUCGCUGUCCUGCAGGUUCUCUCUGGCGUGGUGGGCGUACACCUUCCCGAUGACCGGUGCCGCCAUCGCCGCCAUCAAGUACUCGGCGAAGGUGAAGUCCCCGUUCACCCAGGUGUUGUCGGUCGCCCUCUCCGCCAUGUCCACGUUCACCGUGUCGGCUCUCCUGGUCUCCACCGUCGUCCACGCCUUCGUCCUCAGAGACCUCUUCCCCAACGACAUUUCCAUUGCCAUCACCGAGAAGCGGCCGAAGCUGAGCAAGCGGCGGAUACACCUCAUCUGCGGGAGCCCCGAGGGCAAGGAAGAAGAUGUCUCCUCCCACUCAGACAUGAAAGAGUGA